GGAAAAUGAUUGCUUCCUGCCUUGGUGUUUUUCUUCUCCCGUUCAAGUCGCGUGCCACUUUCUUCUCUCGUUCACCUCGCGUGCGCGAACCAACUAGGGCGACCGCUGCCGCCCUACGGCCUACGCCCAGCUGCUCAGGUCUUAUUCGGGCCUUUGGCGGCGAGAACCGACCCCGCCAGGAUAAUGGCUCACCGUGGACACCUAGAUGGACUGACUGCCCAAGCUCCAGCACUGAUGCGCCAUGGUUCCUUCGCUGCAGGCAGCCUUUCUAGCCACUCACCUUUGGAGUCUUCAUCUACACUGGAGAUGCUGGAGAACAAGCUUGCCAUGCAGACUGCAGAAGUGGAAAAGCUUAUCAUGGAGAAUCAGCGGUUAGCAUCAAGCCAUGUGGUCUUGAGGCAGGACAUUGUUGAUACAGAGAAAGAGAUGCAAAUAAUCCGCACCCACCUAGGUGAAGUUCAGACAGAGACUGAUUUGCAUAUUAGAGAUUUAUUGGAGAGAAUUAGAUUAAUGGAGGCAGACAUACAUAGUGGUGAUGCGGUGAAGAAGGAGCUUCAUCAAGUGCAUAUGGAGGCAAAGAGACUUAUUACUGAAAGGCAGAUGCUGACCCUUGAGACAGAGGAUGUGAAUAAAGAAUUACAGAAACUCUCUGCCUCUGGUGACAGUAAAAGCCUUCCUGAAUUGCUAGCUGAGCUAGAUGGGCUAAGGAAAGAGCAUCUUAAUUUACGAUCUCAAUUUGAAUUUGAGAAAAAUACAAACAUCAAGCAAGUUGAGCAGAUGCGGACAAUGGAAAUGAACUUGAUGACCAUGACUAAACAAGCUGAGAAGUUACGAGGUGAUGUGGCAAAUGCUGAAAGACGGGCACAGGCAGCUGUGGCUAAAGCAACAGGGCAUGCAGCUGGUGCACAGGUGACAGCUUCACAGCCUGGGACAGCUCAAGCUACAGCGGUUCCAGCAGCAGCUACAGACCCAUAUGCAGGUGCAUAUGCCAGUUACCCCCCUGCAUAUCAGCAGGGAGCCCAGGCUGGGGCAUAUCAGCAGGGAGCCCAGGCUGGGACGUACCAGCAGGGAGCGGGAACCCAGGCUGGGGGGUACCAGCAAGGAGCCCAGGCUGGGGCGUACCAGCAGGGAGCGGGAGCCCAGGCUGGGGCGUACCAGCAGGGAGCCCAGGCUGGGGCGUACCAACAGGGAGCCCAAGCUGGGGCGUACCAACAGGGAGCCCAAGCUGGGACAUAUCAGCAAGGAAACCAGGCUGGAGCAUAUCCCUAUGCUUAUGAUGCUGCCACGGCUUACACAUAUGCAGGUUAUUCUGGCUAUCCAGUUGCAGGCUAUGCGCAAAGUGCAGUGCCCAAUUAUUCCUAUGCUGCACCUCCACAGCCAAUAAGCAGUGGUGCAGCUACAGACGCCGCAAGCCUGUAUGGUGCCGUUGGUAGCGCCGGAUAUCCUACUGCGCAAGUUCAGCCGAGCAGUGGCCCUGCAAAUGCAGCGCCACCACCUCCACCACCACCGGCAGCACCAUAUCCAAGCACAUAUGACCAAACCAGAGGAGCCCAGAGGUGAAAUCUGGGAUGUAAACCAGAUGGCUGUUUGCCAUGCACAUUUGUUGAGCAGACAAAUAUAGACUCUGUCAUGCCCCAUUUGUAGACUGAUUACUGGUUCAGUUAUGUAGAUCCAGUUACGGGUAGAUUAAUUUACAUCACGACGGAAGAGUUGAUGUAUGCGUAACUGUGUUGGUACUUGGGUUGAUCGGAGCAAUGCGGCAUUAAACCAC